UCUUGAUUCUUCUUCUUCUCUCUCUCUCUCUCUCUCUCAGACUGUAUUUCUGUUUCUCUUUCCUUGGAUUUCAAUUCCAAAGUAUCUGCAAACGAUAUUUCCUUUUCACGGGCUAUCGGAUUGUGGAAUCUGUUCUCUCAGAGGAAAUCCGAGGAAUCUAAAAAACUCUCCGAUUCCGAUUCUCCAUAGGAAUUUGUUCCCGAGAUAUUUCCAACGCUCUGCUGAGUUAAACGCUAAUUCGUUGAGAGAGGACUCGUUCUGAUCUUGUGGCAAUGGCUGUUCAGCAGCGAAAUGAAGGAACUGCAUCAAAUUCGUCUAUUGUGGCUGGUAACUACCGCGCUGAUGGUUUUGCUCAGUCUGAAACAGUGGUCCUACAUUCUUUCGGGAAUUACAAUAUGGCUAAGGUAAGGAAGCCUUAUACGAUUGUAAAACAAAGAGAAAAAUGGACGGAAGAAGAGCAUGAGAGGUUUCUUGAAGCCUUAAAGCUGUAUGGUCGCGGUUGGCGCCAAAUUGAAGCACAUGUAGGCACCAAAACUGCGGUUCAGAUUCGAAGUCAUGCUCAAAAAUUCUUCUCUAAGGUGGUCCGGGGAUCUGGUAGUAGCACCGGAAGCUUCAUUGAACCGGCUGAGAUACCUCCUCCAAGGCCGAAGAAGAAACCCUUGCAUCCUUAUCCUCGUAAAUCAGCUGAUUCUCUUAAUGGAGUAUCAGUUACAAAUCAAUGUGAGAGGUCUCCAUCUCCAAAUUUGUUGGUGACUGAGAAAGACACCAGUUCUCCCACGUCUGUUUUGUCUGCAGCUGGGUCAGAUUCAUUGGGGUCUGCAGUUUCAGAGCAGCACGGCAUUUGUCUUUCGCCCACUUCAUCUCCAAAUUUGUCGGUGACUGAGAAAGACACCAGUUCUCCCACGUCAGUUUUGUCUGCAGCUGGGUCAGAUUCAUUGGGGUCUGCAGUUUCAGAGCCGCACGGCGUUUGUCUUUUGCCCACUUCAUCUCCAAAUUUGUCGGUGACUGAGAAAGACACCAGUUCUCCCACGUCAGUUUUGUCUGCAGCUGGGUCAGAUUCACUGGGGUCUGCAAUUUCAGAGCAGCACAGCGUUUGUCCUUCGCCCACUUCUUGCACAACUGACAUGCACUCAAUCGGCUCAUCACCUUUUUCAUCAACCCUGGAGAACUUUUUUUCCAUGAAAUUUGAGUUAGCUUCCAAGGACACUUUAAGUACCAAAGGAGAUGAAGCCAUUGUAGCACCUGUGAAAAGUAUCAAGCUUUUUGGAAGAGAAGUUUUGGUGACAGAUUCCCAGAAACCAUGUUCUCCAGGUGCAGAGAAUACAGAGAAGCAUCUUAAACCAUUACCGUUAGUCGCACAUUUACCACCUGAAAUAGUUGAUUGUAAUUGGAAAUUAUUGCCAUGUCGAGCCCCUGUUAGAUCUGUGGAACAUCCCAAAGUAAACGCCAACUCUGCAGAAGCCAACCCUUAUGCUUCUCUGCCAUGGUGGACUUUGUGCCCAGGCAUGCCAUUUUAUUACCUCCCCCUUGUUCAAAGACCAACAGAUUCUUUUGUGGAAGAAAAAACAGAUAGGGAUAUUCUGAAGGAAAGAUCUUGUCCCAGUUCGAAUUCUGCAUCGGUUAGUGAAGCGGAAAACGGAGAGAAGAACUUAGACGGUGUUGAUUCUGAGUGUCAAGAACGCCUCCAUAAGGGGAGCAUUAGCCCCUGCAAGUCUAUGAAAGGAUUUGCUCCCUACAAAAGACGUGUAGCAGAGAGGGAUAGAAACUCAUCAGUGGUUGUUUUGGAGGAGAGGGAGGGACAAAGAGCUCGAGUUUGCUUAUAGCACCCUCCUCCACUUCCAACUCCAUUUGACCUACAUGUAGCUCUAGCUAAUUUAGGUCGUUUGAGACAGGAAUUAGUCGUUUUACUUCCUUUGCCCCUGUUCUCCACAAGAGCUCCCUUCAACUCACCUUCUAUCUUGGUAUCCAAAGGAUAUUCUAGAAAACAGUGUGUUACUUUGUAGCAAUCUUUGUAAUAUUGUGUCUGGAUUCAUUCUUUCAAACACGAUAACUGUUGGUAAUUAAUCGAAUACCGAAUGAUAAUCAUAUCAGUCUUAUCAGACUUUGUGAUAAUA